UCUCUCUCUCUCUCUCUCUCUCUCUCUCUCAGCCAUGCACUAACUAGACUACAACCUGCUUCAGACGACGCCCCACCGCCCAUGAGAAUUCCACUUAGGGCAGAGCCAAGUCCGUCGUGCGUCUUUUUCGCUCGAGAGGAAACCAUCGGGGUUUUAUUAUUGUCGGGUUGCGCGCUCAGGCUGCCCACGGCAUCACCUCAGCAAUAACAGGAGGGGUGCCAGCCAGAAGAAAAAGAAGAAGAGGAGGAGGAAGAGGAAGAAGAGGAGGAGGAGAGGAAGGGGUAUAGAGUAUUCUGCUCAGAAAAUAAACAAGAAGACACCCUGUUUGGAACACGUCUGUGGCGGGAAGCGAAAGGGAUCUGCAACUGACUCUGCAUCCGUCCAUCCUCCAUCCUGGAGCUCUGGUCUGGAACCUAUUAAAGCAGGAAUCUCCAGCAGCACCCUGCUAGCGCAUUAGCAUGCCUUCCCCAACUCUCCCUGACAGGAAAGAGACACUGAUGCGAGCAGACAGAUAUUUAACCUCAGUCACCGGGAAGUCUUUGGAAGGAUGGCUGAGGUGUCACAAGAGGAGAAACUCCAGGCCAUCGCUGAGAAAAGGAAGAGGCAGGCAGAGAUUGAAAACAAAAGGAGGCAGCUGGAUGAUGACCGACGACAACUCCAGCAUCUCAAGUCGAAGGCACUGAGGGAACGCUGGUUGUUAGAUGGAGCUCCAGCGGAGGAGGAGACUCAGAAACGUCUGCAUGAGGACGAGGUGAAGACCAAACUCCUGGAGCAGGUCAUUCUCAGGCUGGAGCAAGAGAUUGAAGAACUGGAGACCGAUGUUCCAGCCAAUAAGGGUGUGGCCAAAGAAAAUGGAGGUGAGAAUGGAGUAGUGCAGAGCUCUGGUCAGACCCCCAAGAGAGAGGUGACAGGGAUUGAGGCCAAGCUGCUGGGUCCCAGUCCUGACCAGGCCAGCGCGGACAACCCCGUCACCCUGGUGUUCAUGGGCUACAAAACCGUUGAUGAGGAGCAGGAGACCCGCACAGCCUUGGGAAUGGAAGGGGUGGAUGGCAACGUCAAGGCUGAGUUUGUUGUGAUCGAGGAUGGGGAGGGGAAAGCAGGAGGAGAGGCAGCCACAGAAGAGCAGGCUCCACCCAACGGGAGCAUGGCGGAGAAAGAAAAGGCCAACGGAGGCGGAGAGGAUGGAGAGAAGGAAAAGGAGAAGAAACAGACCUGCAAGUGCUGCACGGUCAUGUGAGGUGUGUGUGUGUGUGUGUGUGUGUGCGUGAGAGCGUGUGUCUGUUUGUGUAUGUGUGUGUGUGUGAGCGCGUGUGUGUGUGUGCGUGCGUGUGUGAUUGGUGUGUGGGUAAGUACAGACCUGCACCUGUGCAGGAAUGUGUGCCAUUGCAUGUGUCUGUAUUUGCGUGUGUGUAUGUGUGUGUUUGUGUGUGUCCAGUUACACAGCCAAUAAAACAACAAUGAGAGCCAAUACAAGCUCCAGCUACAACAACAAGAACCACAAAGACUCAUAAGUACACUUUACUCUGUAUACUUUCUCUGAUAUGUCUUUGACUUUUGAUUUCUAUUGAUAUUUUUCUAUUUUUCUGUCUUGACAUUUAUAUUGUAUUCAGUAUGUAUAUCUUUAUUAUGGGACUGUGUACUGUAAGUUCAUUGUUAUUAUUGUUGGAAAAAAGAAAAUGUAUUAGCUCUCUGGAUUGUACUGCUACCCGCUGGGGGAAAUCUGGAAUCUUUAAAUCAUUUAAGUCAAAACAGCAAACUAUGAAGGAUACCGAUACUUAAAUAUAUAUAUUUCUCUGUGUAGGCCUACCAACUAUUUAUCGGUCAAUUUCAUAUUGCAAUAUUGUCUAAGAUAUUAUUUUAAAUAGUAUUUUAAUAUAUUGAUAUGAAAUUAUGUUUUAUACAAUGUAUUUAUUGUUUUUGGUUCUCUAUAUCAUCUCCAACCAUUAACUUGCAUGUAAGCACUACCAGAUUUGCGUUACAAUCAUAACAAGUGUCUUUGCUUUGUUAGACUCAUAUGUGCUCAUAUCUUUAGUCACACAAGUCUUUCUAUCAGUAACAGUUGAUAUAAUUGCCAGUGUUAGAGAUGUGCAUUGAGUUUAAAAAGAACAGCACGGGGACAAAGCGGCUAAUUAGAACAGUGACCAUAUUGCAAACCGCAUUAGCUUCUCAUAGAUAAUAUGUGUGACACAUGUACACGAAGAUCACAGCUUUUUAAUUUUUUAAAUACGAUGGAUACGCUUGCUUUAUGAUCAAUAGAGUCAUGACGAACCAUUGCGCAACGAUUAGAAAUGCUGAAAUCAUUUUGUUCUAUCAACAGUAGAAUCAAUGUAAAUCUUAUAAGGUAGCACUGCAUGAAGCCUUGCAACUGUGUUGACUGUCUUGUCACUUGUUAGGUCUGAAUUAUACGCUAUCACGUUCACAUGAAUGUAAAUCCAGGGGUUAAAUUGGGAUUAGUUCUACCAUUAAUGAGAAGAAGCAGGCUUGCUCAGUUUACCGUAAAAAAAAAACAAAGCUUUUUGUCUCUUUUUGAACCAAAUAAAAAUGAUGAUACUGUAAUUUCACUGUGUGUUGGUCGGCUGCUGGUUUCUGUCCUGCUCGCUCCCAGUUUAACCCCUGACUCUUUGUCUGUAGAAACGGGCCCAAUAGUACUUGAAUAGAUUUGCAGAAAAAGAUUUGGGGCAUUUGAAUAGACUUUUCUCACUAAUAAUGAUACUCUCUAUCUUUUCAGCCAUAAGAACACAAUAUAAAGAAUUUGGUUGUGCCCAGGUACCCAAGUUUUUUAGUAGUUAAAAUAUUAGAAAUAUGCCAUAUUCUAUAAGGAAAAAUCAGUCUAACCAGUUUAAACAACGCAGGAUGCUAGCAAGAUACAUCGUGCAUGUAUACGAUAACAAUUCAAAGCCCUGAAAGCCUAUUGAAAUACAUUUUGGCUCUAGUUUACUAAUUUGUUUGGCAGACAGUAGAGGCCAUUGACGUUCUGGGUCGGUGAUGCUACACUACCAAGGCUUCUGCUUCCCCCCCCCACCCCGACUCAUCCAUAUCUCUGAUUCACCCACACACCAUCCCCAUUAUCGCCAUCCUCAUCGUCAAACACACACAGCCCCACCUUCUAUGCUCGGAGACACGCAGUUUGAAAACCUCUGAAGUUGGUGCUAAUCCUGAGUCUUGUCUAACACUCUCCAUCCACCGACUUUUCAACUCGCUCUCUCUCUGUCUUACUCAAAUCGCUGAUGAGGGGGAUUGUGGGAAUCUGCCUCCUGCAUACACUUGUAGAAUAAGAGUCUUUUGCAACCUUCAGUGCCAGAUGCAUUCUCUCAUGUCCUGCCUGCAUUUACCACCAGAGAAAUUAUCCCUUCGAACAUUCCAAAGGGAGGUCAACAGGCAUGGACAGAUGAAAUAUAGUCUAUGCUUUCCAUAUGUACAGUUCCACUGUAAUUGUACAACUUGCAAAUUUCUUUCUGAUAUUGACUCAUGUUUUUCUUUCCUAUGGCCUCUUUGCAAGGCGGUAUAUUGUAUUUGAUGUGUGUACUUUUUUUUUAAAAAGAUGACUACAUCUGUGUAUUGUUGGUGCCUUUGUCAGGUUCAGUUGGUUGGACUUGUCUGUCUGCCGCCAUUUUUAGACUGGGGUUUUUCUUGCUCUGCUCCUGGUCAUGAUGACCCAAUGGGAAACACUGCCUUCUACUCUAGAGGGGUACUACACAACUAUGGAAGAAUAUUAUUCUCAUUUUCACAUAACUAUAAAUAAAUGCAGCUCAGAAAAUAGGUAAUAUGCAGACUACUGUUGGUGUCUUGAAAAAACUUUGUAUCCUGUUAUAACUUUAAAGACUUGUUGAUUUCACUGUAAUUGACAGAUUACGUUUUUUAUUCCACACAUACAAAAACUGCAGCCAAAGUUUAACAUUUUAAGGGGAUACAAACUUUAUGCAAGAGACUAAAUGACGUCUAUGUAUAAAUGUCUAAAGUCUAUGUAUGUAUGUAUGUAUGUAUGUACAGUACACGUGCGUAUCUGCAUACAUACAUAUGUAGCCUAUACAUGUAAAUUUGUUGAGCUAAAGCUUUGCCUAAAUGUGGGUCUCUGGGACAGCAGCAGAAAAAAGCAACCUUGUGUUAGACCAAUGCCUGUUCAUCUAUUCUGUGGUCGUCUAAAUGUUUAAUCUUGAAUAAAACUACUGUUUGUUUACAGCAA